GUAAGGCACGUUAUAUUGGGAAUAAUGGCGCAAGAAAACUUAUCAAGAUCGGAUGCCGGAAAACAAACUGAAACUUUUAUACAACUACGAUGCGUGGCAGGAUGGGCAGAUGAAAUACGCAUGCCACUGAUAUUUCUCGUAACAACCAACAUUUUUCUGUCCAUUACUACAUUUGUCGGUAAUACUCUGAUCCUGGUCGCCCUUCAUAAGGAUUCUUCCCUACAUUCGCCAUCCAAACUUAUGUAUCGUUGUCUGGCAACAACUGAUGUCUGUGUUGGUCUGAUUGCUGAGCCUUCCGCCAUUAUGUAUUGGCUGUCCUUGCUCCACGAAGAUUGGAAUCUUUGUCGCUAUGCGGUAGUUACCUAUUUUGUGGCAGGUUACAUUCUAACAGCAGUCUCUCUCUUGACAAUGACUGCAAUAAGUGUGGACAGACUUCUCGUCCUGUUGUUGGGAAUGGGAUACAGACAAGUUGUGAAUUCGAAGCGAAUAUAUUUGAUUCUCAUCACGUUCUGGAUUGUUUCGAUUCUGCAUGGGGCAUCUUACAUUGUGGAUCACCGUAUAGCUAAUUGGACUGGUCAUAUCGUUACACCAUUGUGUCUAGUAACAGCGACGGUCUCGUACACAACAAUUUUUUACCGUCUCCACCACAGCCUAAAUCAAGUACAAGUGCAUGUCCCACAACAGCCAAGCCAACCAGUUCCACUGAACACAGUGCGAUACAGAAAGGCACUGCACAGUGCUCUGUUGGUGCAGUUGUCAUUCGCUGUUUGCUAUCUUCCAUACGGUGUAGCCGUAACACUUCCACCGAAGGGUAGACUAUCUACUUCUGAAUUUCUAGUCGUAGGUGGCGUUGUGACCUUAAUCUUUUUAAACUCUUCGUUGAACCCGUUUCUCUAUUGUUGGAAGAUUAGUGAAGUAAGGCAGGUAGUAAAGGAGAUAAUCAGACAAGCACUUUCCUGUCCAUAGAGUUGCCUUUAGUCUUAGAGCAAG